AUGCUUGAUACCAGGGAAGGGGAGCGGGCAGUUUAUCAUUUAGUCAGAGCGCGACAUCGCUCAACGUUGGAUAUGGAACACACCAAGAUCGUUAAGGGAACUGAUGGAGCCGUUCUGCGCCGCCCUGGUCAGAUCUUGGAGAGGUGGCGAGCGUACUACAACCACUUGUGUAACGAAGAGUUCUGUCAUCCUCCGAUCCCAACUGUUCCCAGCGUCGAGGGUCCUGUUCUACCAAUUACUGCCGUCGAAGUCAGUGCUGCCCUCGCAAAAAUGAAGUCGAACAAGGCAACCGGUCCUGAUGACAUACCUGCUGAUGUCUGUAAGCUGCUAGGAGAUCGAGGGUCCGUGUGGCUGGCAACUCUAUUUAACAAGAUCGUUGCAGAAGGACGGACUCCAGACGUUUGGCAAAUUUCCGUGACCGUGCCUGUCUGGAAAGGGAAAGGAGACAUUGCUGACUGCACUUCGUACAGGCCUAUACGACUGCUGUGCCAUACGAUGAAGGUUUUUGAGCGUGUCCUGGAGGCUCGUCUGAGGAAAAUUGUCAGCGUUUCACUCAACCAGUGCGGUUUUGUCAAAGACUGCAGCACUAUGGAUGCUAUCCAUGCUGUCCGUAUCCUUCUGGAGAAACAUCGAGAGAAGAACCGCAGUGUGCAUCUUGCUUUUCUCGAUCUCGAGAAAGCUUUCGACCGUGUCCCAGAGGGCUGUUAUGGAUGUCCAUGA